GAUAGUUUACAGACCAGUAUGAUCUACAUUUACUGCACAUAACGAAAUGGUAGUUUCCUCAUAAUGUUUUACAGUAGAUUAUGCCUGUGAACCGAUAUAAAACGUUGCGGGUUAGUUUGAUUCUUGAUAUCACCGCGUGUAGACGCAGCAGAAAGACCGCGCCGUCCCGUUUCGCCCGGAAUAAACUCAUAGAACAACUACUUACGUAUGAUUAUUCUAUUAACAUUGCAACCUUCACAUUGAUAAAGCCUCCUUUUUUUUGAACAGUGAUGUUUGCUGAAGCAAACUGGGUAUGUCACGUGUUCGUCGCGUUGCUGAUAGCAAUACCAGCAAGCGGAACGCGAUACCAAGCGAACUGGGAGAGUUUGGACGCAAGACCGCUUCCUACGUGGUACGAUGAAGCCAAGUUCGGGAUUUUCGUCCACUGGGGGGUGUUCUCAGUCCCCGGGUUCGAGAGCGAGUGGUUCUGGUGGCAUUGGCAAGGCCAAAACCCACCUGAUCCAAAGUGUGUUACAUACAUGCUGCAUAACUACCCGCCCGGGUUCAGCUAUCCAGAUUUCGCGCCCCAGUUCCAUGCCCAGUUCUUUGACCCGGAUGACUGGGCUGACAUAUUCGAGGCUUCCGGUGCAAAGUAUGUGGUUCUGACAGCGAAGCACCAUGAAGGAUUCACUACCUGGCCCUCUUCCUACUCGUGGAACUGGAACUCUGUGGACACUGGACCACACAGAGACCUGGUGGGAGACCUGGCAGAGGCCGUACGCAACAGGUCGCUGCACUAUGGACUCUAUAACUCCCUGUAUGAAUGGUUCAACCCCCUCUACCUGGCAGACAAGAAAAACAACUUCACAACACAGGACUUUGUCUUAAAAAAACUGCUGCCUGAGCUUUAUGACAUGGUCCUAAGCUACAAGCCAGAGCUGAUCUGGUCCGAUGGGGACUGGGAAGCUCCUGACACCUACUGGAACUCAACAGAAUUCCUGGCCUGGCUCUACAACGACAGUCCUGUCAAGGAUGUGAUUGUGACCAAUGACAGGUGGGGGGCGGGGUGUUACUGUAAACACGGUGGCUACUAUAACUGUGCAGACAAAUACACCCCUGGGGAGCUGCCCAAACACAAGUGGGAGAAGUGUCAGUCUGUAGACACACAGUCCUGGGGUUACCGCAGGACCAUGAGGCUCUCUGAACUGAUGGACCUGCCCAGUAUCAUACAGGACCUUGUCCAAACAGUGGCCAUGGGGGGUAACUACCUGCUGAAUGUGGGUCCUACCCCCGACGGCAUGAUCCCCCCAGUGUUUGAGGAGAGGCUGAGGGGCAUCGGGGCCUGGCUGGAGGUCAACGGAGAGGCCAUCUACUCCUCCAAACCCUGGAGGCUCCAGACUGAGAAUGCCACCGUACCUGUCUGGUACACCUCCAAAUACUCCAGUGUGUUUGCUGUCUUCAUGACGAAACCCACUAUGUUCACAUUCCACCUGUCUGAACCUAUCACAGUAGAGAGCACCACGGUGACAUUAUUGGGGAACCUAGAGCCUCUGAGAUGGGCUCCUCUUCACCCCCGGGGACUGAUCAUCCUCCUUCCUGAGUUACCCCCAACCCCGGCCCAGGCCUGGAUCCUCAAACUGGAUGGGGUCAAGUGAUCUGGGGUGAUAACCAGCCUCCUGAAUAGGCCUUUAGCUACUGGUGAGAAGUGAAGGUACUCCAGGAGACUAGUUGGAAUGAAAUUAAUACAUUUGCAUUUUAAAAUGUUUUCGAAGAUUUUUAGAAUGACCCCAGAAUGAGUGUGAGGUGAUAUUAGUUGGGCUAACUUUGUGUAAUUGGUGCCAUGUUGACACCAGAUUUCAAUGAUGCAUUUGGGGUGGCAGGGUAGCCUUGUGGUUGGAGCGUUGGACUUGUAACCGAAAGGUUGCUAGAUUGAAUCCCCCGUGCUGACAAGGUAAAAAUGUGUCGUUCUGCCCCCUGAACAAGGCAGUUAAUCCACUGUUCCCCGAUAGGCCGUCAUUGUGAAGAAGAAUGUGUUCUCAACCGACUUGCCUCGUUAAAUAAAGGUUAAAUAAAAGAGUCUGAGCAAAACCAUUGUAAAGAAUUCAGAACUUCUGGGAGAAGCUUUAUGGAACAAACAAGUUGAAUCGGCUGAGCUUAGCUUUGGAGAAAAGGAGAAAAGGAGAAAAGCUUCCUGUAAUUUUUGUAUUUUGUUUCUACGUUUUUUGUGUUUGAGUUAGACUCUGGUGUUUAUUAUAUUAUCUCUAUCUACCAUUAUUAUCUCUCUUUAUUCAUUUGGACGGAAUCAUUUCAGAAAGUUUUCAGACCCCUUCCCUUUUUCCACAAUUGAUUUAAAUACAUUUUUUUCGUCAUCAAAACACACUCUAUAAUGACGAAGCAAAAAAAAGGUUAGACAUUUUCGCAAAUGUAUUGAAAUGGAAAACAGAAAUAAAAACAGAAAUACCUUA